CGCGCGGCACCGCCUUCGCCAUUGCUGCGAGCAGAGCUGGGACGCGGAGGCUCGGAGCGCGUAGGAGCCCAGACCUGCCGGAGCCGGGCGCGGCGGCAGCUUCGGGUCUCCCGGAACCAUGGUGAAGUUGGGGAGCAAUUUCGCGGAGAAGGGCACCAAGCAGGUGCUGCUGGAGGAUGGCUUCGACACCAUCCCCCUGAUGACGCCCCUCGAUGUCAAUCAGCUGCAGUUCCCGCCCCCGGAUAAGGUGGUCGUGAAAACUAAGACCGAGUAUGAACCCGACCGCAAGAAAGGCAAGGGGCGUGUCCACAAGAUCGCCGAGUUCACUGUCAGCAUCACUGAAGGCAUGUCGGAAAGGUUUAAGGUCUCCGUGCUGGUCUUCAUCGCCCUGGCCUUCCUCACCUGCGUCGUUUUCCUGGUCGUCUACAAGGUGUACAAGUACGAGCGCCUCUGCCCCGAUGGGUUCGUCCUCAAGAAUGCCCAGUGCAUUCCCAAUGGCUUGGCGGCCUACUAUGCGGAGCAAGACCCCCACUCCCCGGAUAAGUUCUACGCUGUCGUGAACCACUACAACCUGGCCAAGCAGAGCAUCACCCGCUCCGUGUCGCCCUGGAUGUCCGUGCUGUCGGAGGAGAAGCUGUCGGAGCAGGAGACGGAGGCGGCCGAGAAGUCCGCCUAGCAAGGUGGGCGAGGUCCUUGUGUGCAGCCCGAAGGUAACAAAGGGACUUUGAGGGACAUUUCAUUAAACAUAACUACCGAUAAUGUAGAGGUUACUCAUUUACGGUGCAACCGCUUCUGUUUGCUACUGCUGCUUUGCAAAUGAAACCCGCUGCAGACCUCCCGCGGGCAGAAAGUCAAGUGCGCAUCCACGGUGCCCGAGAGCACUGACACACUUCCCACGUUGAGGGGUCUCAACCGAGCUACUCUGUUGGGGUCCAUUUGACGUUGUCCAAAAAUAAAUUUACCCGGACGUGCAAGGGUCUGGGUUUCAGACAAA